AUGGUUUUGAAUCCGGAAAUUGCAUCUGUGGUGACGGGCUCUUUGGGUUUGUUUUUGGUGGCUUUGGAUAGCACACCCGCUGUGAUAAGCAUUGCACGACGAUUUCGCGACAAGACAACAUCGAACUGGCAUCAUGGAUCACAAAAGAAGAGAGUACGAUACCACGAUGAGGAUGGAGAGGCGUCAAAGAAGUCGGUGAUGGGUUUCUCGGACAACUGGCAGAGAUUUGGGAUUGCGCUUUUCUCCGAGCUAGGAUUGCUCGUGUCUUUACCACUAGCAAUUAUUAGCUCACUAAACGGGGGCAGGGAUGGUUAUUUGGUUCAGUCUUGGCUUCAAGUGGCUACUUGGGUGUUACUGACGAUUCAAGCCGUCGCGUUUUUCACGGAGCCCUUGAACACUGAACGAUUCAAACUGAGCUGUUAUGCAUUCUGGGCAAGUAUUCUAACGAUUUCUAUACCGUGCAUCGAGAUUGGUCUUUCGUGGUCUGCCGGUCGUGUCUCAUCGCUCACGACACCAUCGAUUGGACUUCUAAUCGGACAAGUUGCAAUCGCAUUCCUGCGUGGGAUCUGCUGUACCAUGAUCCCACGUCGACCAGAUGUAUUUUGGAAUGGAAAGCUAGUCGACCAGGAAUUUACAGCAUCGAUUUUCAGUCGAUUCACCUUCAGCUGGGUCAACGAGUUGAUGAAGUAUACGGCACAAAAAAGAUGCGUGGGAAUCGAAGAUUUACCUGAAUUGCCUUUCGCUGCACGACCUGGGAACCUGCGAGCGCGAUUUGAACAAGCAAGAAAAGGCCGAAAGUUAUGGAAAGCCCUCAUUGUUGCCCACUACCGGCCGAUUCUUGUCCAGCUGAUGCUCACUCUGUUCUCAUGUGUUUUGAGCUUUGGACCGCAGAUGGCAUUAUAUGGGAUCCUCAAGUCGCUGGAAACUCGCGGUAUGGAAUUAGGUGAUUCUUCUGCUUCUUGGCUCUGGGUUGUAGGUCUGGGUGGUUUGAUGGUCUUGUCGUCGAGCAUUGAUUCUUGGCUAUACUGGAUCAUCUACUCACAGAUUGGUAUACCUGUUUACGAAGAACUGGCUGCAACUAUCUUUGCCAAAUCUAUGCGACGAAAAGAUGUUAAGGAAAUGCAGCAGUCUAAUGGAGGAGGACAUUCAAACUCGGAUUCAUCAGAACCAUUGAUUGACGACGGCGAAGAGGAGAAUGACGAAGAGGAGGAUCUCGAGAAGAGUCGUCAAAGCGUCAUCAAUUAUGCGGCCGUUGAUUCCAAACGUAUCGCCGAUUUCGCAACUUACAACUACCUCAUCCCUUCUGCCAUUCUCAAAUUGCUUAUGGCAUGCUUCUUUUUGGCUAGUCUGAUUGGGUUCUGGAGUCUUCUGGCAGGGCUCGCUGUGUCUGCAAUCGUUCUUCCAGUCAAUGCUCGUCUUGCCAAAAGAUAUGCAAAUUCUCAAGAUCUUCUCAUGAAACUUAGAGAUCAGAAGAUAGCGGUAGUGACAGAAGUACUUCAGGGAAUUCGGCAAAUCAAGUUCUCGGCACUCGAGGAGCAGUGGCAGAACAGAAUCAGUGAGAAGCGCAAUAUUGAGCUUGACUCGCUGUGGACAUCAUUUCUUUACAGCACUGCACUGGUUUCACUCUGGAUACUUGGUCCUCUUAUGCUUUCGGCUGCCUCAUUGACAGCUUAUGUAUUUAUUCACGGAGAAUUGACAGCGUCCGUGGCCUUCACUGCCAUGUCAAUAUUCGGUUCCCUGGAACUAUCGAUGGCCAGCUUGCCGGAUCUCUUGUCAAGGGUCUUGGAAGCGAAGAUCAGCUCUGACCGCAUUGAGAAGUAUAUGGACUCUCCAGAGAAAACACCAAAUAUACUACCAGGAAAUCAGAUUUCUUUCGAAAAUGCUUCUGUGGCGUGGCCUGCAGAUGGUCAAGGCGAUUGGGAUGAUGGGAAACGCUUUGUUCUACAAAAUAUGGACCUGGCCUUCCCAUUGAGAGGCCUUAGUGUUGUUUCUGGUAGAACUGGUUCCGGAAAAAGCCUUCUUCUCGCAUCUAUCCUUGGAGAGUGCGACGUCAUUGGUGGUACGAUCAGAGCCCCUGUUUCUCCAUCCAUUGGAGAUCGAUAUGAUCAUCUGGCUACCGGUGCGAAUUGGGUAAUCGACUCUGCAAUCGCUUAUGUUGCCCAGAUCCCCUGGAUCGAGAAUGCGACUAUAAAAGACAAUAUUCUGUUCGGGUUACCAUUCAAUCCUGCACGAUACUGCAAAGUCCUUUUUGCAUCUGGGCUUGAGAAGGAUCUUGACAUGCUUCCCGAUGGCGAACUGACUGACAUUGGUGCAAAUGGAGUGAAUCUUAGUGGCGGACAACGAUGGAGAAUUACGCUUGCCAGAGCAUUUUAUUCCAGAGCCGGCAUUCUGAUCCUGGACGACAUCUUCAGCGCUUUAGAUACUCAUACCGGCCGCCAUGUCUAUGAGCACGGUCUGACUGGUGAAAUCUGCAAGAACCGAACCAGAAUCUUGGUUACACAUCACGUCUCACUCUGCAUGCCUCAGACCGAUUAUUCUGUUUUGCUCGAGAAUGGGGGUGUCAAAUAUGCUGGUACAAUCGAGGAAUUGAGAAGGACCAACAGCUUAGAGGAUAUCAUUUUACAGGGCCGCAUAGCUGAGCUAGAGGGUCUUGUCGAGCUUGAAGCUAGGGAACCCGAGCAACCCCUUCCCGUUACGCCGCAAAACAAACGAUACUCCCAGUCGAGCAAACGAACCUCUAUCAUCAGCAACAGGAAUUCAAUCCUGAGCAAGAGAAGUUCAACGUACAGUAAACGCAGUUCGACUUUCAGUAAAAGAAGCUCCACCUUCAGCAACCAGAGCUAUGCUUUCAGUCAAGGAAGCUCCGCUUUCACAAGCAAUGAAGAAGUGUCUGAUGAUAUCCGAGUGAAGAAGUUUGUUCAAGAGGAAAGUCGCGGAACAGGGUCGAUACCACUUUCUGUUUAUACAACUUACCUCAAGAAGGGCGGCAAGGCAUGGAUUUGGGCCCUUGUGCUCAUGACUUAUGUCACUUAUGCCAGUCUGAUGGUUAUACGGUCAUGGUGGGUUAGUGUCUGGACCAGCUCGGCCGACGAUGAUAAGCAACCGUGCCCUGUUCUUACUGUUAUGGACCAAGUGAACCGGCCGAUUGUGGCCCAAGAGGAUGAUAAUCUUCCUCUUUACCUUGGAGUCUAUGUUGGCAUAUCACUGGCCGGUUGUGUUAUUGGAUGCGUCAAGUAUUACCUGCUGAUGUGCGUUUCGAUCCAAGCCUCGAGGAAUCUGUUCAAUGAUUUGAUGCAAACUGUUUUACGGGCACCUCUACGAUGGCUGGACACAGUUCCAUUGGGCCGUAUCGUCAACCGACUCACAUCCGAUAUUUACAUGGUCGAUGUAAGACUUGGCUAUGACGUUGGAUUUUUCACCUUGAAGGCAUUGGAGAUUGUAGGAAUUUUGAUUGCUGGGGCAUUUGUUUCCCCCCUGGUCAUCAUUUUCGCAAUUGCUUUACUCGCUCUGUGUUUGAAGCUAUCCAUGACCUACUUGACGGCUGCUCGCGAACUCAAACGGUUGGAAAGUAGCGCAAAAAGCCCGAUAUUCGAACAAUUUGGUUCUAGUCUGUGCGGCUUGAUAACCAUUCGGGCUUUCAGCAAGACAGAUAACUAUGUCAGUAUCAUGUAUUCGAAGAUCAGCCGUCACGCACAAGCUUCAUGGAACCUUUGGUUAUUCAACAGAUGGCUGGACUUCCGAAUGAACCUUGUCGGAGCUCUCUUCGCAACAGUCACAGCAGGUCUCGUGAUUUACGUACCAAGCAUAUCCGCUUCUCUGGCAGGGUUUGCUCUGGGCUUCGCCCUGCAGUAUAACUCUGCUGUUACCAUGGUAUUGCGCCAAUAUGCUAACCUUGAGCUUGACAUGAAUGCCACAGAGCGUGUCAUUGAAUACUCGAAUAUCGAGACUGAGAGCCAGGAGGGGGCGAGUGCGCCUGCUGCUUGGCCUACAGAGGGAAGAAUAGAAGUUGAAGACCUUGUUGUUGGGUAUGCGCCCGGGCUUCCCCCUGUGCUGAACGGGCUUUCGUUCACUGCAGAAAAGAACCAAAGGGUCGGUGUUGUUGGACGCACAGGUGCCGGAAAGUCAUCCUUGACAUUGGCAUUAUUCCGUUUCCUCGAAGCUCGCGAAGGCCGUAUAUCCAUUGACGGUGUUGAUGUGUCGAAAAUUAAGCUCCAUGAUCUACGGAGCCGUCUCGCCAUCAUUCCUCAAGAUCCAGUGCUGUUUUCUGGAACUAUCAGGUCAAACUUGGACCCAUUCAGUGAACAUACUGACACUGAGCUGUAUGAUGCACUGGAGCGAGUCAACUUGGCCUUCUUCGAAGACACUGAAACAUUGGCAUCCAGCUGGACGGCCCCUGGCCAUAUGACAAGGACGACCACACCGAUGAGCACAGCAGAAACGCUGGGAUCGAUCAAUCCUGAGAACCCGAAAGAUAAUGGCGGCCUGUUCUCUUGCUUGUCUUCUUCUGUGUCGGAGGGAGGGCUAAACUUCUCUCAGGGCCAGCGGCAGCUUCUCUGUCUGGCACGCGCCAUUGUAGCGCGGCCCAAGAUCAUGGUUUUGGACGAAGCAACCUCGGCCGUCGACAUGGAGACUGAUGCUAUGAUUCAACGCUCCAUCCGUGCUGAAUUUGGCCACAACGCGACAACACUGUUGGUAAUUGCGCAUCGACUGAGUACCAUUGCAGAUUUCGAUCGUAUCCUGGUUAUGGAUGCCGGCAAGGCCGUUGAGUUUGGAAGCCCCCAGGAUCUCAUGGCGAUUGAAGGGGGCGUGUUCAAGAACUUGGUGGAAAACAGUGGCGAGAGGGAUAUAGUGGAAGGGAUGAUCAUGGGAGACAGGAGUGAUCUGGUAUGA